GAGGGUCUCAGGGUCUGCGUUAGCUCCGGAGGGAGCCCCCCCUUCCACCAGGACCACCCAGAAGCCCCCCGCUGAGCCAUGGAUGACUCCGGGAUCAUCCGGCGCAGGAGGCUGCAGAAGGAUUUGCCCCUGCCUCGCAAAAACAGCAGUUGUCGGACCAGCAACCGGAAAAGUCUGAUCCUGACGACCACAUCUCCGACGCUGCCCCGCCCACACUCGCCCCUGCCCCUGCCCGGACACCUCGGAAGCAGUCCUCUGGACAGUCCGCGCAACUUCUCUCCCAGCAACCCGGCGCACUUCUCCUUCGCCUCCUCCAGAAGAGCGGACGGGCGGCGAUGGUCUUUGGCCUCUUUGCCCUCCUCUGGAUAUGGCACCAACACUCCCAGCUCAACGUCGUCCAGCUCCUCCCAGGAGCGCCUGCACCAGCUGCCCUUCCAGCCCACCAUGGACGAGCUACACUUCCUGUCCAAGCACUUUGGCAGCACAGAGAGCAUCACGGAUGACGACGGCGGCCGCUGCUCGCCCCACAUGCGCCCACGCUCUCGCAGUCUCAGCCCGGGACGCUCCUCCUCCUGCUAUGACAAUGAGAUUGUCAUGAUGAACCAUGUGUAUAAAGAACGCUUUCCAAAGGCCACGGCACAGAUGGAGGGUAAGCUGGCUGAGUUCAUCCAGGCUUACUCUCCAGAGAACGUUCUUCCUCUGGCCGACGGCGUCCUCAGCUUCAUCCACCACCAGAUAGCCGAGCUGUCCAGAGACUGCCUGGCUAAAGCCCGCGAGGGUCUCAUCACCUCCGUGUACUUCUUCGAGCUGCAGGAGAACCUGGACAAGCUGCUUCAUGAUGCCUUCGAGCGAUCCGAGAGCUCCGAGGUAGCCUUCGUCACCGAGCUGGUGAAAAAGCUUCUCAUCAUCAUUUCCCGACCUGCGAGGCUUUUAGAGUGUUUGGAGUUCAACCCCGAGGAGUUCUAUCAUCUCCUGGAGGCGGCGGAGGACCACGCUAAGGAGGGUCACCUGAUGAAAACAGACAUUCCCCGUUACAUCGUGAGCCAGCUGGGUCUGACCAGAGACCCUCUCGAAGACAUGGUGAAUCUGGAUAGCUACGACAGCGAAGGACCGGUGACGCCUGAAACCGACGACUCCACAGAGGGUAAAAUCAGGGCAAUGAAGCCACCUGGAGAAGCAGACUUCCAGACUAUCAAGCUGAUAAGCAACGGAGCGUAUGGCGCCGUCUACCUGGUGCGCCACCUGGACACGCGUCAGCGAUUCGCCAUGAAGAAGAUCAACAAGCAGAACCUGAUCCUGCGGAACCAGAUCCAGCAGGCCUUCGUGGAGAGAGACAUCCUGACGUUUGCGGAGAACCCGUUUGUCGUCUCCAUGUUCUGCUCCUUCGAAACGCGACGGCACCUGUGCAUGGUCAUGGAGUACGUGGAAGGUGGGGACUGUGCCACUCUGCUGAAGAACAUUGGAGCUCUGCCUGUGGAAAUGGCUCGUAUGUACUUCGCGGAGACGGUCCUGGCGUUGGAGUACUUACACAACUACGGCAUUGUGCACCGCGACCUCAAGCCUGACAACCUCCUGAUCACCUCGAUGGGCCACAUCAAGCUGACGGACUUCGGCCUGUCCAAGAUGGGUCUGAUGAGCCUGACCACUAAUUUGUACGAAGGGCACAUCGAAAAGGACACUCGGGAGUUUUUGGAUAAACAGGUGUGUGGCACUCCCGAGUACAUCGCCCCGGAGGUGAUUCUUCGUCAGGGUUAUGGGAAGCCGGUGGACUGGUGGGCGAUGGGGAUCAUCCUGUAUGAGUUCCUGGUGGGCUGCGUGCCUUUCUUCGGAGACACUCCAGAGGAGCUGUUUGGACAGGUCAUCACAGAUGACAUCGAGUGGCCAGAGGGAGAUGAGGCUCUUCCCGUCGAUGCACAGCAUCUGAUCUCCUCCCUCCUGCAGACCAAUCCGCUGGUUCGCCUCGGCACCGGUGGAGCCUUUGAAGUGAAGCAGCACUCGUUCUUCGCCGAGGUGGACUGGAACAGCCUGCUGCGGCAGAAGGCAGAGUUCAUCCCAGACCUGGAGUCCGAGGAAGACACCAGUUAUUUUGACACCCGCUCGGAGCGCUACCACCACGUCCACUCGUACGAUGAAGACGACACCAACGACGACGAGCCCGUGGAGAUCCACCGCUUCUCGUCCUGCUCCCCUCGCUUCAGUAAGGUGUACAGCAGCAUGGAGCAUCUGUCUCAGCUGGAGCAUAAAACCCACGGAGUGACUCUGCGCGAGCACAAGGUCCCGAGGGAGGACCGAGUGGCCAAGAGAGAGAGCCUGGGAAGCGUCACCCUCAGAGACAAGAGCUGGAGAGCCGGCUCGCCCGAGAUUCUCAGGAAGCGCCUGUCCUGCUCGGAGUCGUCCUUCACCGAGAGCGACUCCAGUCCACCGUCCGGAGCCCGGCGACGCUUCUCCGCCCUCAUGGAUACAUACCGCCUGGCGUCCCCCCUGGAGGUGGACUCAGAGCUGAGUCCCCUGAGCAGGCAGCCUCCGAUCAAGGUCCGGGGGACGUCACUGGAGGGAGCCACGGGCCCCAUGUCCUCACAGGCGGAUCUGAGGACCCUCCUGAAAGACAGUAACGGCUUUGCAGCAGGAGACAAACUCCUGAGACCCGCCGAUGCUUCGUUGCCUCUGCCGGGCAGCGCCGCCAUUCUGGGGCUCCCAGACCCACAGGGGCCCCGCGGGGCCACCACAGACCUGGUGCUGCGAAGAGUCCGACACCAGCAGCUCUCGGCCGAGGGCGAGAAACGAAGCUCCCGGCCUGGAGGCAAAGUGAUCAAAUCCGCCUCCGCCACAGCUCUGUCUGUCAUCAUCCCUGCAGUGGAGCAGCACGCCGCCUCCCCUCUGGUGAGCCCCAUGUCCCCCCGCUCCCUCUCGUCCAACGCCUCCUCCCGGGACUCCUCCCCCAGCCGGGACUACUCCCCCAUGGUCAACGUCCUGCACUCCCCCAUCACCAUCCACCGCUCGGGGAAGAAGUACGGCUUCACCCUCAGGGCGAUCCGGGUCUACAUGGGCGACAGCGACGUGUACAGCGUGCACCACAUGGUGUGGCAUGUGGAGGAUGGCGGACCGGCCCAGGAAGCCGGACUGAGCGCUGGCGACCUCAUCACUCACGUGAACGGGGAGUCGGUCCACGGCCUGGUCCACACGGAGGUGGUGGAGCUCAUCUUGAAGAGUGGAAACAAGGUGACAGUGACCACGACUCCCUUUGAGAACACCUCCAUUAAAGUGGGACCUGCUCGCAAGUCCAGCUAUAAGUCCAAGAUGGCCCGGCGCACCAAGAGGGCAGGAACCAAGGAGGGCCAAGAUAAGAAGCGCAGCUCCCUGUUCAGGAAAAUCACCAAGCAGUCCAACCUGCUGCACACCAGCCGCAGCCUCUCCUCUCUGAACCGCUCGCUGUCUUCAGGCGACAGCCUCCCCGGCUCGCCCACCCACAGCCUGUCGGCCCGCUCGCCCACGCAGAGCUACCGCUCCACCCUCGAAUCGCCGUACCUGGGCACGUCCUCACAGAGCAGCUCCCCGGCGUCCAGCACCCCCAACUCCCCCGCGGCGUCCCACCACAUGCGGCCCAGCUCGCUGCACGGCCUGUCGCCCAAGCUGCACCGGCAGUACCGCUCGGCGCGCUGCAAGUCCGCCGGCAAUAUCCCCCUGUCCCCGCUGGCCCACACCCCGUCCCCGACCACCUCGUCGCCGCCGCCGCUCAGCGGCCACACGGUGGGCAGCUCCAACACCACGCAGAUGUUCCCCGCCAAGCUGCACUCGUCGCCCCCCGUCGCCCGGCCCCGCCCCAAGAGCGCCGAGCCGCCCCGGUCCCCGCUGCUGCAGCGGGUGCAGUCGGCGGAGAAGCUCGGAGCCCCGAUCUUGCCCUCUUCGUCCUCCUCCUCUUCCUCACCCUCCCCUCUGACCGGAGGCGUGUCGCUGCGCAAGCACAGCCUGGAGGUGACGCACGGCGACUACCGGAGGGAGUCCUUCCACUGUGAGCACAGCCUGCAGAGCCUGCUGGAGAUGGAAGGAGAGAACGGCCCGGCGCCUCCGUCUCCUUCGUCCUCCUCCUCUCCAUCGCCCCCGAUGGGAGGAGAGAUCGGGGGACUGAAGCCCGCCAGGAAGCUGGGAAGACAGGAGUCGCCGCUCAGCCGUGACACAAUCGCAACGCCAAAGGAGAAAGAGACCCAAACUUCAGCCCCCGAACUCGCCAGGGCUCCAGCCGAGGGCGCAGCUGAGAAGAGACCGUCUGCAGCCGGUGCUGUGGACACGAGCAAAACCUCUGCCGAGGCCGGGAAGAGCCGCGGGACGGCGGCAGCAGCUGACGUCAAGUCGGGUACCUCAUCCACAGAGACUAAAUCCAGUCCUGGAAGCAAACCCGCAGCCACCUCCGCUUCAGAGGCGACGGUUUCCAAGAGUAAGCCCAACGAGAAAAUCUCAACUCAAGGCGCCGCAAAACAGGAGGCUGCAAGCAAAGCUAAGGAGAAGAGCGAGGAGAAAGGGAGAAGCUCUGCUGGGGUGGAGAAGGGUUCCCUGCAGAAAGCGUCGUCUGCAGAGCUCAACAAGCAACGGAGAGGCGCCGACACAGCAGACAAGGCCGCUGACGCUCCCAGAGCCAAAGGCCCCGCCCCCUCGGCCCCGACGCAGGCUCCAGCCCACAGCGUGAGCCGACACAAAGACGAGAGGCCGGCCGGCAGCUACCGAGGAGCCAGGGACGACAGGGCACGUCUGGAGGUCCUGGAGGAGAACCCCACGUCGCCGUCCUCGCCCUGCUCCAGCAAGUCUCGGCCCAUGUCGCCCGGCGACAAGGCCAGCUUCGUCACGCAGCUCACCAGCGUGGCCAAAACCGUGCUGGCGCCCAUGAAGGGCAGCUCGCAGGAGGGCGGCAAGGUGAAGGACGGCUCCCGGUCGGGGGAGGAGAGGCGGGGGAAUGCCGCGGGGAGAGCGGAGGCCUCCGCAGGAGCCGUCCGCCGGGGGGCUCAGGGGCCGGCGGGCGCCAUCCACUCAGACCGAGGAAGCGGCCGCAGCUCCAAACAUCACUCGUGAUGUGAGGCGGCUGCGAGAAAGAGCAGAACUCUCCCAUGUAAUGCCUUCUUCUGUAGCAUCACACCAACAUGUGACAUAUCAUGACUUUCAACAAAGGGAAGACAGAAAUGCUUGAAGUAAAACACUAAAAGGACAUUAAAAAAAAAAAAACACCAAAUAGACAAAGCAGACGUGAACUAAGAUGCAUCAGCUCCUGUUGGAUCCUGUGGUGUCAUAACGUAGACCUGUGUGUGUAUCUGUGCCCAUCACGUCGUGUUGUAUAUAGUGGAAACCAAUGCAUACGUCUCAAUGCAUGCGUGACACUGUACAUGGAAAAUGAGAGAAUAUUUAAAGAGAACAAAAAAAAAAAAAAACAUAUAUACAGCAGACCUUAAAGGUAGCAAACACUGUGAACAACCUUUCAGCAAACUGUGUGCGAGCAGGUGGGAAUUCUGUCGGUGACGGGCAUUACUCACGUUUCAGAUCAGCCCCUGUGCCCCUUCGUUUACAAAUUCCCGAGUUUCAGAAAAGGUUAGGACGUUGUGUAAAAUGUACAUGUUUUAAGUGCCGUGUUGUACAAACACAACAUAUCAAAGAAUUGAAAACUGAAGCGAGUUAUGGCAGAUUUGUCAUCAAUACAGUACAGUGAAGCCAAACACUGCUCACCAAAGUACUGAAGUAGGAACCUUCAGAGGUAGAAUCAGACUGUCCCGGGUCUGAUUCUGUUUCCAGAAAGUGUCUUAUUAGAGUUUCCUACAAGAUGUGCUAAACUGACUCUGAUCAUCUCAGAGCAGACAAAGCCUCGGGGGUCCACUGCGACCUCCGGCACCCCCUCUGUAAUUCCGCUCCCCCCAAUGGGAUUCUGCCCCCCCACUAUAUCUGCCUUUGAUAUGUUGUCUUUGGACAUGUAUUAAUUGAAUUUUGGGUUUCGAAGAUUUACACAUCAUUGGAUUCUGUUCCAUAUGCAUGUUUUACACAAAAUCCCAGCCUUUCUAGUUCUGUAAUUGUAGUUUGAAACCUCAUUCUCUCCAUCUUCUGUAAAGGUUUCUGUAUCUUCUGAAAAGGUUUCUGGCACAGCCAUAGUUUUCAUGAGUUGCACACUGUAGGACUCGGCAAACUAUACCGGGAAACAGGACCACCAAUAAAGGUACAGUAUGUAUCGGUAGAGAAAACAUUAUUAGAAUGUUGGGAGAACAUGCACCGUAGUUGACAAGGCAUCUGUGGUUCGAUCAGUCUUGUAAUACCACUUUGUACCACAAGAGGGUGUUAUGAGCCGCGCUACCUCUCUCGCUACUUUCAGUUUGAAAAACAGAAGUAGCAGGAAAUCCUAAAAAUCAACUUGUGCGGAACACUACUGACUGGCGAAAACUACUGAAACUCUAAGGAAUGGUGGUUGAUUGCUGCCACCCUGUGCACAAAAGUGGCAUUACUUCGAUCUGACAUGCUGUACCACAUCCGAAACGAUUGCACAUGAUGGAACUGGAGGAUUGAUCCGCUGGUUUUGCUUCAGAUCUGAUUUAAGGGCUGAUCUUCGGUGGGACUGAGAGAAGGUGAACUUGCACAGGGACACUAUGCAAUGUGUUAAUGAUGCCACUUUAUUUUGGUGUUCCCAAUCACUCGCGUUUACAUUGUGCUCGUGACAAGAAGAAAGGAAAGAAAGGGAAAGGGUUGCAAUAAGCAAACACUUUUUUUUUUUUUCCUUGAAGCCACCUCUGCUGAUCAUAGUGACAUGUGCAACUCUAAAUGUUAGGAUGUUCUUGUUGGUGUGUUCAGAAGACAAAAGGUACAAAAAGCAAAGUAGCACUUAGAGAAGAGUACACCCUUUUACUCGCUCUCUAUUUAUGCAGAACGUGCAGUCUAUCGUAGUGUUACAUGUGAGGAAAAGUAGUUUUAUUCGAAGAUAAUGUGAAUGGAUUUUUUUUUCUCUCUUUUUUCAUUUUUGUACUCUAAUGUGUAACAAUAUGCAAUCCGGCAGUGCCCAGUUCAUCGUAACUAAGCACUGAUCUCUGUAAAAAUGGUGGCCAGCUGUUCUCACAAAACAACCCUGGAGUAGAUCUGUGGAGCGCAUUUCAUUCAGUAGUGAGCUCUUCUUUGUUCCUGUUGUUGUUGGUGUUGUUGUUUUUGGUGUGUAGUGUGGGAUGAUAGUUGCUGGCAGGCAGAGCUGUCUUAGGCUGCCAUCCUGUGGACGACUUCAGGUAACUCCUGAAGUCCUGAGGUACAGAGAAAGGAUUCAAGUGCAUUUUAGGAGAAGUCAAUCUUCCGCCUGAUCUUUCCAGUCUUCACAAAAAAAAUACUUAUUACAUUUAUUUGACUGUGACCACAUUCAGUCGAACCCUCAUUUUAUAUGUUGUCAUAUUGUGACUUUAAACAGUGUUUUUAUUUUUGUGCGUCAAGUAAGAAAAUUGCACUUUAUGUUGUGUCAGAUAUGUUUACUUUAAUGUUAUUUAUUACUUUCUUUGUAUUUGCUCUAUUUAUUGAACUUUUUCAUUCUGCUUUACUACUGAUGUUUUUUGAAGUUUCUAAAUUUUACACCUGGACCAAGAAAUCUACCAAAUGUGUGUGGCUAACCCUGAUCUGUGCAGUUUUGACUUCCAUAAAGUUGUACUAUUGCUGUCGAGCCCAUCCUUGUCCACAUGUUUGACUUUUGUUUGUUUUUUACAACAGCUCGUGAUGUGCAUCUCUGACUGUUGUCCAUUUGUUGCAAUGUAUUUACUAGCCACUGUUGUGAGGAACCAAUGCAAAAAAA